CAAAAGAUGGUUAAAAGAGAGGUGGUGAAUAGUGUAAAAGUCAAAACAGAUCAAGUAAAAAAGAACGGAGGAAGUACAAGUUACUGUUAGUGAUUAUAAAGUAGUUAAGGAGUGUUUUUUUUUUAUUUUUAUUUUUUAUAUAAACUAGUUAAGGAGGUUUUUUUUUUUUUUUUUUUUUUGAAGAUAGUUAAGGAGUUUUUUUAUCUGCCAUUUAUUUUAUUUUUCAUAUUAUUUUUAAAAUCAUUUUUUUUUUAAUGCAAAUCCAUAUUGAUUCAGUCUAUAUUUCGGAUUGGUAAAGUCAUAUUGUAGCAAAAUCAAUCCGAUUUUCGAAUCUUUAAUUCCAAAUCCUCAUUCUUCAAACCGAUCCAAUUCAAUUUAAUGUAGCAUUCUAGGCUUCUAGCUAGUAGUCUUUGGAACAGUGAACAACCCUCGCUUAGGCGGUUCGGCCUCAAUUACCUCUACUCUUCUUCAAUUUAACAAUUUUAUUUCCCAUCAUUGAACCUCUCCCGUAAACAACAACCAACUCUCACUCGACUUGCCAACUAAAUGCUUUUCAACCCUCAAACUCUCAUCUCUCUCCUCAAAUCCCACUGCAUCUCCCUUUCCACCACCAUCUCCUCCGCUUCCUCCACCUUCCUCAACCACCAACAAUGGCGGAACAUCACCAAAGUUCGCCUAAAAUGGGUCAAGAACAAAACCAUCGACCAUAUUAUCGACAGAGAAACCGAUCUCAAAGCUGCCAUGCUUCUCAAAGACGCCAUUAAACGCUCUCCAACUUCCUUCAUCACUGCUCGAACAGUCGCCGAUUGGCAGAAGCUUCUAGGUCUUACUGUCCCUGUUCUUCGAUUUCUUCGAAGGUAUCCUACUCUUUUUCACGAAUUUCCUCAUUCUCGUUACCCUAAUUUGCCCUGCUUUAAGCUUACUGAUUUUGCUGUUACAUUUGAUCAACAAGAACACUUAGUUUAUGAAAAUGAUGAAUUGGGUAUUGUUGAAAGGCUUUGUAAAUUGCUUAUGAUGACAAAAUCUAAGGGGGCGCCAUUGCAAUCGAUUUAUCCUUUGAAAUGGGAUUUAGGGUUACCGGAUAAUUUUGAGAAAUUGAUUGUUUCGAAGUAUCCGAAUCAUUUUAGGGUUUUGAAGGGGAAUAAUGGGUUACCCUAUUUGAGUCUUGUGGAAUGGAGGGAAGAAUUUGCUGUUUCUGCCUUGGAAAAGAGUGGUGAGAAGAGGAUUGAAUUAGGGAAUGAUUAUAGGGAGUUUAAGAAGGGGCAAACCGCUUUAGCAUUCGCAAUGAGCUUUCCAAAGGGGUAUGGGUAUCAAAAGAAGGUUAAGGCUUGGAUGGAGGAGUUUCAGAAGUUGCCAUAUGUAUCGCCUUAUGAGGAUUCUACGAGGCUCGAUCCUACGAGCGAGCUUAUGGAGAAACGGAUUGUUGGGUUGUUGCAUGAGUUUUUGAGCAUGACUAUUCAUAAGAAGACUAAGAGGAAUUAUUUGAGAAGUUUGAGAGAGGAAUUGAAUCUUCCUCAUAGGUUUACUCGGAUUUUUACUAGGUAUCCGGGGAUUUUCUAUCUGUCUUUGAAGUGUAAGACAACAACUGUUACUCUGAAAGAAGGGUAUCGAAAGGGUAGAUUACUUAGUCCUCAUCCACUGGUCCGUAUUAGGGAUAAGUUUUACCAUGUGAUGAGAACGGGGCUACUUCAUCGUGGUAAGGGUGUGAACUUUUUGUCGCCACAGGACUGCUUGCUGGAUAAUGCUGGAGAUGGAAAUGGAGAAGAAUCAGAAGACUGUGAAAAUAUGGAGGGGGAGGAGCAUGAGAUGGAAGAAGAAUGUUGGGAUGAGGAAACAUCAAGUUUGGAGGAAGAAUCUGAUGAGUAGCUGCAAGCAUUAGUUUUUGCUACUUAUGUUAUCAUACAUUUAGGACUCACGAGUUAGAAAACCGGUAAUGAAGAAAUGUGAGACGUAUUAUACGUCAACUUAUCAUCUUUUGGUUCGUUAAGCUUGCAGUUGUCCGGGGAGUUUUAUUUACUAGCUUCAUCACUACAGAAAUGUUCACCAUCUCUACCUAUUUUCUAUUGCAGUCUGUAGGAUACACCGAUACACUAAUGUUCUUCUGCUUGGUGGCUAGAAGAUGUGUACCCUGCUUGUGUGCUUGGUCACGUUUUAUAAAGUAGAUUCAUCCUGCUUCAGACUGCCUGAUACUGACCCAUUUUCUGAUCAAUGUUUGUACUCCAAAAUGAGACAUUUUUAGAUUUGUGGUUAAUCAAUAUUACAAUCUCCGACUCUGAGGAAUAAACUGAGCACAGAAGUUCUAUUUUUAUGCACUUCUUUAUUUAUUGUUGAGCAGCAGUGCAUAUCUCUUAUUGCGUUCACAUCAGACCCCUCUAUCUGCUGAAGGACAUUUAAGCAGAGGCAUUGGGCAAUAAUUUUAGCUCUUCAAACUGCUGUAUCCAUAAAACAAUACUCCGUAGUCCAAUUUGGCUUACUCCUAUGUAUUAAUGAGUAUUCUAUAGUGUUUUUUUGUUUUUUUUUUUUUUUUGGUUGUAAAAGCAUGGUUUUACUAUGCCAUUUACAGAUUUACUACUUAGUUUUCAGGAUACCUAUGUGGCCAUGUAAGAAUUGCACUGCAAUCUGAAGGUUAAUGUUAUCCUUUACUGCCUAUUGUAACACACUUGAAGUAGGGAGAUGAACCCAGGAUACUAGUGUAAUACAAGUAUUAGACAAAUUAUAGGCAUGUGAUAAUUGACAUUAACCAUGCAGUUUUAUGGUAAUUUCUUGCUGGACCAGUAAAGCUUUAUGAACUACUA